CGUUCCACGUGACCUAAUCUGAGACACGUCAUCCAGCGCCGCUAUUGGCUGGAGCUUAGUAAACACCGGAAAGCCGGAUCUAGAGGAGGAAGGUGUCUGGCACUGUCAGCAUGGAGCUGGACGAUCAGGAGGUGCCGGCCGCCAAGCCCGAAGUAGAACUGGACUUCACCAGCUUCCUGCAGGAGACAGUGGGUACCGCUCUGACAAGCUAUGGAUGGUUCAUCCUUUUAGGCUGCAUCCUUUUGUACAUUUUGAAGCAGAAAUUUUCAUCCAACAUUAGCUCGCUCCUCACAACCACACGGACAACGACGGCAGACCCAGAUGAUGUUGUCAGAAGACAGGAAGCAGUGGCCGCAGCCAGGUUAAAGAUGCAGGAGGCGCUAGACGCUCAGGCAGAAAGAUAUAAAGAAAAGCAGAAACUGCUGGAAGAAGAAAAGAGGCGUCAGAAGAUUGAGAGCUGGGAGAGCAUGAAGGAAGGAAAGAGUUACAAGGUGGCUUCUCGCCUCAGUCAGCCACAGGAGCCAUCUGCAAGUACCUCAGCAAUGGCCUCUGCCCCAAAGCCCAAACCAGAACGAAGACCUCUCAGAGACGGUGGUUAUAAUCCUCUGACAGGUAAUGGGGGAGGCACCUGCGGUUGGAGACCAGGACGAAGAGGACCCUCUGCUGGUGGAUGAGGUUAAGCUGCCUUGCUGGUGUUAUGUCUAUAACAAAUACCAGCAAGGUCAAUGGACUGUACCGCCUGCCAAAGCAGCGUCUUUAUUACUGCUCUGAAGGGUCUCGCGACACGAGUCAUUGUUGUCUGGAGUGGAAUCGGAUCGUGCUGUUUGUGUUCUAGCAGGUCCGGGUAUAUUUUGCAUACCGUCAAGACAGACCUUCAACUAGAAUGUGUUCCCAGAAAAGUUGGUGACCGUUCAGGUUGACCGAUAAUACUGUUCACUGCAGUUUGACGCUCUUAAUGAUGUCAUCCUUACAAAUGGUCCGCAGCCAAUAAGGUUGACUGAUGUUGUGUGGCGGAUAGCCCUGAUGUACAUGUCUCUUCGUUGUUGUAUCUGUAUGAAUAGAA